AUGGCAGCAAACACAGAAAUAAGCCAAGUAAUUAACUUUGAUCAGGAAAAUCAAGCGACCAUUUUGAACUCUCGAGAUGAAGAAAACCUUCAGACAUUAUCUGAGACAACUUCAAAUAAUGUCAAUAACGAAAAUAAUAAUUCAACGCCUAUUGCACUACCAGACCCAUUAGAACUAACUCAAAACUUAACGAUAACAACGACAGCAUCAACGGUCGUUGUAUUGCCAAAUGCACUAGAACUAACUCAGACAUUAACUACAGCAUCAACAACACAAGCUUUAAUUGGAAAUAGAAACUCGUCAAUAUACAAUAGACUUCCUUUAUCAAGAAGAAUAAUCUUAUUUAUCGCUUUAGCACUUGCAAUGUUCUUCGCUGCACUCGAUCAAACAAUCGCGAUAAAAUCAAUUCUAAAGACUGCCUCGGAUAUUUAUCCACUCAGCAACAGCUUGUGGAUUGUAACAUCAUAUAUCUUUACUUUAAUCGCCACUCUCUCAAUCUACACAAAAUUUUCUGAAAUAUUCGGCUAUAAAUACACUUUUAUAUUCGCUAAUUCUAUUUUCAUGGUCGGCUCAAUUCUUUGUGGCGCUUCACAGAAUUUGAUUAUGAUAAUAAUUGGUCGUUCUAUUUCGGGUAUUGGUGGUGGCGGCAUAAUUUGCUUUACGAUGAUCAAUGCUUUAGACAUUGUUCCGGAAAAAUUUAAAAAAAUGUAUCAAGUAAUUACAAGUGGAAUUUUUGUUUUCGCAACGGUAUUUGGACCAACGAUUAAAGGCAUAUUUAUUGAAUAUGCCUCUUGGAGAUGGGCAUUCUUUAAAGACAUUCCGGUUUCUUUAUUCGUCAUUAUUGUUGUUAUAAUUUUUACCGAAGCAUCAACAAUUCAAGGAUCACGUCGAGAAAAACUUCUACGUAUCGACUAUAUCGGGACAUUAUUGUUUUCACUUUCUAUUCUUGCAAACUUAAUAGCACUUGAUUGGGCGGGAAAUAAAUAUGAAUGGAGCUCAAUUUUAGUAAUAUCUUUCUUAGUAGUUGGUCUUUUAUUAUUCCUUUCAUUUAUUUUCGUUGAAUUCCGACUAGCAAAAGAUCCUCUCAUCCCUUUUAAACUUUUCAAAAUUCGUAAUGCUUUAAUCAUUUAUAUUUGCAAUUUUAUAAUUGGAAUGGCGAUCUUUUCACUUAUUCUCUAUAUACCAACAUAUUUUCAGGUUGUGAGCCACAUAAGUGUAUCAAAAUCUGGAAUGGAAUUGUGGCCAUUAUUUAUCGGGCUAGUCCUCUUUUCUUUAAUCGCAAGUCUUUCAACGACAUUAGCUUGCCACUUUCGUCCCUUUAUCACUAUUGGAUUCGCGUCAAUAGCUCUUGCAGCCGACUUAAUCACAAGUUUAAAUACUUCAUCUGGACAAGGAAAUAGAAUUGGAGUUUUAUUGUUAGCUGGUGCUGGUAUUGGUGCAUCGAUGCAGACAGCCAUUCUUUUGGCACAACAAUCAGUCAAACACAAAUACAUUCCAAGCGUCACUUGUCUUGCGAUCGCUUUCCAAACAAUUGGCUCACUAUUUGGUAUUGCGAUUGGGGAGGCAAUUUACAAUACUUCUUUAAAUAGCAAUUUAAAGAAAUUCUUGAAUUCGACAGAUAUUUCGCUCGAAACACUUCAAGAGUCGAUUGAAAAUAUUAGAACAUUGAAACCGAAUCUUGAAAUGGAAGUUAUGAAUCUUUAUAUUACUGCUAUACAUAAUGUUUUUAUGUUUGUAACAAUAUGUGCAGCGGCUGCUACUAUCAUUAGUUUGGCUUUAAAGCAUGUUUUUCCAUCACACGAGAACAAUUCAGAAAUUACAUUAAGCCAUACGCAAGAAAUGCGUCAACAAUAA